AUGGGCAGCUCUCAACCGCCGGUGCUCCUCUACAUGCUCCUGUGCGUCCACGUUGGAGUGUGCCAGCACUACCUACGCCUCCGUCCUUCCCCCAGCGAUCACCUGCCCGUGCCCGAUCUCAAGGAGGACCCCGACCCGGAUUACGACCCCCGGGAGCAGGACUUGUCCGAGAGGACUCUGAGGAAAAAGCUGGGCAGCCACUUUGACCCCAACUUCAUGUCCAUCGGCGCUCCGGUGGUGGGCAACCACUCGGCGCCUGACGUCAAGCUGCAGGGGCCCAUGCCCAACGAGAUCAAGAAGCUGGAGCUCACCGAGACCCCCUACGGGAAGCGCGUCAAGGUGGGCAAGAAGGCCAGGAGGAAAUUCCUCCAGUGGCUGUGGACCUACACGCACUGUCCCGUGGUGUACACCUGGAAGGAUUUGGGGGUGAGGUUCUGGCCGCGCUACAUUAAGGAGGGCAACUGCUUCUCGGAGCGCUCCUGUUCCUUCCCCGAGGGGAUGUCUUGCAAACCUGUCAAGUCCAUCAACAAGGUUUUCCUCCGAUGGUACUGCCAAGGCUUUUUAAGACAGAAAUACUGUACGUGGAUACAGGUGCAGUACCCAAUCAUCUCAGAGUGCAAGUGCUCGUGCUGA